AUGACUACAGCUCUAUAUCAUAUAACUAUUUGGACAGGCUUAUACACCCGGCUUGUUCAGCCGGACAUCCUGUGGACUCCCGACUGCACAAUCCUAGCCAUCGUCUACGCCCCAUUCUUGCUGGCACAGCUCCCACCAUAUUCCAUUCUAUGGGGACUAUGCCUACCAGUGCGCCCUUUCACAUACGCCAAAUCUCCCAAGAAGCGAGUUUUUCGCGAACUCAGGACGGUGGUCAAUUCGGUUCGGCCAUGGCAAAGUUGCAGACAAAACGAUAAAAUCACCUUCCACGUAGUGCUAGAUUGCGACCAUGAUGCACUCAACACAUCACUCCCUAGUUUCGUCAACGUGGUUAAAGUGCCAGCCUCGUUUCAACCAGACCAUGCGAAAUAUAAGGGACGGGCAUUGGAAUGGUGUCGGCGAUAUUGGAGACUAUCAGAACAUGAUUGGGUGUUACAUCUCGAUGAAGAAACUGAGAUUGAUGCAUAUCUGGUACAAGCUUGUAUUGAUUUCAUAGAGCGAGGAACAGAGGAUAUUGGCAUGAUAUUCAGAGUCGCAGAGGACUUUGGUCGCUUUCAACUUCCAGUCCGACUUUUCAAACGUCCUUUACUUGGAUGGAUGCAUGGUUCAUUUAUUUUGAUCAACGGUGCCGUGGAGAAUCAAGUCACCUGGGAUACUGGGUGUCUCGCUGAGGAUUUUUGGUUUGCCUUCCAUGCCGCACGGCGAGGGUUCAAAUUUGGCUGGAUCCACGCAAUCGCACAAGAGCAGCCUCCUAUCAGCGUUGCAGAUCUCGUUCAGCAGCGGAGGAGGUGGUACACGGGUAUCAUGUCCAUGGAUAACUGGCUGGUCAAACUGGCUCUCGCAGUUCCUAUGAUGGGGCCAUUAGCUUAUGGAUGUUUGUAA